AUGGUGCUGUCAUGCCGUCAUGGUUUGACAUUCAUGAAAUACCAGUGACAGCUAGUUCGCCAAACGAUGAUAGUGGUCUGCUCAAAGCGGUUAAGAAUGUUCAUGCAAUGAUCGAUAAAGAAAUUGAUGCUGGCACUAAUCCUAAUAACGUUUUCAUAUGUGGAUUUAGUCAGGGAGGUGCAUUAACAUUAGCAAGUGUUCUUCUGUACCCAAAAACUCUAGGAGGAGGUGCCGUAUUUAGCGGAUGGGUCCCCUUUAAUUCUUCUAUAUUAGAGAAACAAACUCCUGAAGCUAAAAAGACUCCUAUUUUGUGGUCUCAUGGUAUCGCUGAUAGGACAGUACUAUUUGAAGCCGGACAAGCAGGACCACCUUUCCUGGAGCGAGCUGGUAUGACUUGCGAAUUCAAGGCUUACCCCGGUCUUGCUCAUUCGAAAAACAACGAGGAGUUGAAGAACUUGGAAUUGUGGAUCAAGACUCGUCUUCAAAGCAAUUCUUAAAGAUCCACAUGAUAUUCGAUUUGCUGUUCAUUCAAUCGUCUUCAAACCAUUUCAUACAAUCAAGCUCUUGAGUUCAAAAACUGUUGUUCAUUUGCUGCUUAAUUGUUUGUGUGAUGAGCUUGCUUCAUAUUACAAUAUUUAUAUUGAGUUGGAAUGCCUUCUCAUUCACAUAUUAAUUCUUCUACUGUAUUUGUUGACUCAUUCACAAUUGUACUUAUGAAAUAUGGGACAAGUAGUUGAACUGUUAAAUUGAAAGAAAAUUGUUGGAUUAUA